CUGAUAGCUGUUCACGACCAGAAACAAGCAGAUAUUGAAGAAUACGACUGACGUAUCCGUCCGCUGGUUAGAAUUUCCACAUCUUUAAACGCUUUGCUGGAAAUCUAGACUUGAGAAUAUUAUAAUAAUGGGUGUUGAUAUACAAACUUAUCGUGGAAGAAUUGGUUGCUUCAGUCGAAACCUUGGUACAGAUGUAAUAACUGUCCAAUAUAUAGUCGACUUUACCCGAGGACUAAAGACUAUAGGGACAGUUGUAUUCAUAGGUAUUUUGUUGCUCUUGGCUGGUAUUGAGCAAAAUCCGGGGCCGAUUUCAGAGUCAACAUCUAAACGGACGCCUGCAAAUGCUACAAUUCUUAAAGUGUGCGGCUUGCCAACAAGCAUUGGGACAGAUUCUUUGAUAAGUAUUUUUGAAAAUACAAGGCGACAAGGGGGUGGCAAUGUUUUAAGAGUAGAUAUCGAUAAGAAUGACUCAUCUGCUCUUGUUGAGUUUGAGGAGGCGGAAGCUUUACAAUUAGUGCUGAGGAAAAGACCAAUUCAGAUAGAUGGUAAAGAUGUAUCUGUUGAAAUAUAUAUUGAUGAAGGUUCUAUGGAUGAAAAUAAUAGCUCACAAACAGACGGUUCUGAUGAAGUCUUCGCAGAUAAACCCACCGAUCAACAAUUAGGUUCCGAUUCUGAAGAUGGAAAUAUGUCAGGCGCCGGUAUGUGUUUUUAAUCAUUCAUGACUUUUCAUUUAUACGUUUUGGGCAUUU